AUGCAGCUGCUCCUGUUCCUGAUGGCCUUUCUCCUACCCCCCGGGGCUGGGGCAGGGGAGAUCAUCGGAGGCCAAGAGGCCAGGCCUCAUUCCCGCCCCUACAUGGCUUUUCUUAUAAUCCAGACUCCAGUGGGGUACAGCACCUGCGGGGGUUUCCUGGUGAGAGAAGACUUUGUGCUGACGGCAGCUCACUGCUGGGGAAGUCCUAUCACCGUCAUCCUGGGGGCCCACAACAUCAGGAGGGAGGAAAGAACCCAGCAGCACAGGUCUGUGCUCAGAGCCAUCCGCCACCCUGAAUACAAUCAACAGAGCAACGUGAAUGACAUCAUGUUACUGCAGCUGGAAAACAGAAUCCAACAGAGUGAAGCUGUGAGGACAGUGUCUCUGCCUCAGGCACAGGCCAGACUGAGACCUGGGGCCGUGUGCACCGUGGCAGGCUGGGGCCUGGUGAGCCUGAGCAGGAGUACAAACAGACUCCAUGAGGUGCAGCUAACCGUGCAGAGGGAUAGCAGGUGCCGCAAUCGCUUCAGUUUCUACACCGGCCAAACACAAAUUUGUGUGGGAAACCCAAGUUCGAGGAAGUCCGCCUUCCUGGGGGACUCCGGAGGCCCCCUGAUAUGUAACAAUGUGGCCGAGGGGAUUGUCUCCUAUGGAGACAGGAGGGGGAUUCCUCCCGCAGUCUUCACCAGGGUGUCCAGCUUCGUGAACUGGAUAACCAGAACAAUGGAACGCUUCAAGCGGCAGAACCAGACCUGGACACCGCUGUGA